AAUUCCCACGUCAACACGUGGAGGUAGAAAAAGUCCGAAACGUUUGAAGUGGGCCAGCGAUGGAUGACAUAGAUGCAGAACUAGGAAGACCAGCAACAGGACAGCAUAGCGGCUCUGAAGACGAAGAACAGCAUGGAGAAAGAAUUGUGCGUCCUAAUCUACCCAUCAAAACACAAAGUAACAAAAAAAGGUGUUAUGAGUCUGGGUUUCAUGAGACUACCAGGGUUUGCCUGAGGAAGAUCUGCGACUGCCUCUUCCAGAUGCAGUGGCAGGAAGCGGUAGAAUACAUGAAGAGUUACUUCCAGACGCUGGAGGAUACCAGCGUGGCAAAGCAGCUGCUCGCGAGUGAGAUAAUUUGGAGACUGGGAACUGAGAUUCUACAUCACCACCCGAAGACUAAACCAGAGGAUUUCAAUUCUUUUUUUGAACGAAUGAAAAACACAGGAGUGAAGAUCUACUUGAAGGUCUGUUUGGAACAGUCUUUCCACCUGCUGGUGAAUGGACAUUUUGAAGAUGCUAAAAGGCAGCUGUCCGUUGCAGAGAGCUGGAGAUUCGGUCAACAAUCUGCCUCACAGACACAAAGAAUAAAGCUGAUCCAUGCAUAUCGAGGAUUCCUAGACUACUUCACCUGGUGUGCCAAGAGGUCUGCUCUCUCUGGGGCUGAUUAUUCAAAUGAAGCCGCUAGCCAAGAGAUGCACAGCUACUUCAGACAAGCUUCGGUGAACCUGCAGGAAAUACUAAAGCAUCCAGGAGUGUGGGAUCCCUUUGUCAUAAGCUAUGUCAAUAUGCUGGAAUUCUACAACGAUCAGGACGGAGCCCUGGACGUUCUGAAUGAGUAUGCGUACAACAACAGCUUUCCACCCAAUCCCAAUGCACAUGUCUACCUCUACCAGUAUUUAAAGAAGCACCAGGCUCCACAGAAGAAACUCUUCAAAGUCCUGCGGACUCUGCAGGCCUUAGUACCUAGCCACGAGCUGAUGCUGGAAUUCUGUUCACUUUUGCUGCAGUCUGGAAAAGAAAAGCAUCUUCACGAGGCUCUGAGUGUCAUUUUUAGCCUCCUGGAUUACAGCAGUUGGAAGGACAAUCUGAAGGCAUGGAGCUGUUUAGGGGACAUCAUGAAAGAACUCAAGAGAAAAAAACUGAAGCAUUUGGUUGACGAGGAGUGGGAAACGCGAAAGUCCUGGUGGCCAGUGUUCCAGUUCAGAUCACACCGCGUAAGGAAGGACUUUGAGCAGAAUGAAGAGCUGGUCAAGGUGAAGAGCACAAUAGCAGCAGCAUUGGCUGGACAGAAUUGCAUGUACUGCAGAAAUAAAAGGGUGUUGUUCCAGGAGAAGGCGAAGGCUCAGAGGCUAAAAGCCUUGCAGAGUCAGCGUGGGAGGAGAAGUCACAAGCGUCGCAGAUAGCUGGUGCAUUGGGAGUGAGCUGCAGAUGGAUGUGUCUGUUCAGAGCGGUCUCAUAGGCGAUUUUUGUUUCUCAAUGGUGCUUUGAGGUAAACACAUUAAUAACAUCCUUUUGUUUUCUUACCUCAGCUGCAGAAAUCAGGCUAUGAAAGUACAUUUGAAUAUGAGCUGUCACUCCACUUGUGUUGGAAGAGAGUUGCCCGAGAGGGAGGUCUUGCUUCCUCAUCACUAUUCAUCUCGUAGGUGUUGACGGACAGGAGGAUUGUAGAGUCAAAAGAUUGCCUUGUGUGAGCGAAAGUACUUGAGGUGAUAAGGACACUCUUACUAAAAAUCAUCUGCAUUGUCAUAGUAAUACAAUGGGUUGAUCCACACCAUAGCAACUAAAGCUCUUUUCCACACAUUGGAGAUACAAUUUAUGUUUUGUCUGUUACAUCACAGCAUAAUUCCUUUUGACUGAGGUGAAACUAUGACCAGUUUUUGAAUAACUACCUUAUUUUACCCUAUAUAUACUUGGCAAAACAGACAAAUAAUUCCGUUUUUUAAAUAAUUUACUUCCUUAUUUGCUUAUAAUGUGGAUGAUCUUUUUGUCUCCAACAUUGUUGAUCAUUGAGACUUCAUAAACAGUGUAUGGAAUGAAACGUGCAAUACCCGGUUAUGAAGAGAUGACAGCUGGCCUACCACCACUAAUGCCUUGUGUGGGUUCAGGUGUGUUUUAGCUGCUGGGGGGUUGUCCAGGUGGGUUUUCUGUUUCUGUGAGACCCUGUGAAUUAUUGUACAAAUGGGGUUAUGGUGUACAUUACCUCUGCAUUACUGUCU